AUGCCCCGGCUGAUGUUGGGCCGGACUCUGGAGCGCAUCUGUAAAGGCGUCCUGCUGCUCUGCCUGCUCCACUUCCUCAUCAUGAUGAUCCUGUACUUCGACGUCUACACGCAGCGCUUCGACAUCUUCAGCCGCUUCAACAAUGGACGCAACGGAUCCAGGAAUAACAUCAGCGGAGCAGCAGGGAGUGGACAUCAUUAUUACUAUUUCAACCUCUCCAGGCCAAAUGCAACGUUAGCCAGCUACCUGGCCACGGGCGAGCAGCUGAUGCCGAGCGCUCAGCCGGAGACCAAUCAGACGCCUUCGCCCAAGCCGCUGCCGCCGUGCCCCGAGAAUCCACCCGGCCUCGUGGGCCGCUUGCUGAUCGAGUUCAGCUCCCAGAUGACGAUGGAGCGAGUGCAGAAAGAGAACCCCAACGUGACGGAGGGAGGCCGCUACACCCCUCCUGACUGUCGGCCUAGAUGGAAGGUGGCCAUCAUCAUCCCGUUCCGUCACAGAGAAAACCACCUGAAGUACUGGCUCCACUACCUCCACCCCAUCCUCCGACGGCAGAAGAUCGACUACGGCAUCUACAUCAUCAACCAGUUGGGUGAGGAAACCUUCAACCGUGCCAAGCUGUUGAAUGUGGGCUACACGGAGACCCUGAAGGAGGCCGAGUACGACUGCUUCAUCUUCAGCGACGUGGACCUGAUCCCGAUGGACGACCGCAACCUCUACCACUGCUACGACCAGCCGAGGCACUUCGCCAUCGCCAUGGACAAGUUUGGCUUCAGGCUGCCUUAUGCAGGCUACUUUGGAGGAGUUUCCGGCCUCAGUAAAAAACAGUUCCUGAAGAUCAACGGCUUCCCCAACGAGUACUGGGGCUGGGGAGGGGAGGACGACGACAUUUACAACAGGAUCACUCUGAACGGGAUGAAGGUGUCCAGGCCAGACGUUCGCAUCGGCCGCUACAGAAUGAUUAAACACGAGAGAGACAAACACAACGAGCCCAACCCGCAGAGAUUCAAUAAAAUCCAGAACACAAAGAACACGAUGAAGAAGGAUGGCAUCAGCUCGCUGACCUACAGAGUGGUCCAGGUCAAGAAGUGUGCCCUCUACACAAACAUCUCCGUGGAGAUCGGCAAGGCACCGCCUCGGCCUAUCAAGGGCUAGAGAGAGAGAGAGAGAGAGAGAGAGAAGAUGGGACGAGAGGAAGAUGAGGGGGUGAUGCAAUUUAACUGGAGAGGAAAAGGUGGAAAGAGGAGAGAUAACUGAAGGGCUGUGAAGAGAACACACACUGUAUGUGGAGAGAACCUGGGGAGUUGGAGGGAAGCGUUGUCAGGAGCACAUCACAGUCUCUUAAUCUCUCCUCACCCUCUGUCAGUUUUUUGAGAUUUCAGCUUGUCGUGUCUGUUUCCAGGAUUCAGGCUCUCCCCGAUGUGUUUUUUUUUUUUUUUUUCAAGCAGCCAGUGGCUUCACACCUCCUACAUUUACCAAUCAGUGACUUCAUGGUAGUGGACCAAAGUAUCGGUGGCAGAAUGGAGGUUGGCAUCAAACUCAAUGUCUUUCUGUUCACAACCUUUGCAAACUGGAGGGCAUCCAAUGGCAUAUCUACAGAGGCCGCUGACAGCAGCUGUGGUUGGGUGAUUAAAAGAUGAGACACUAGUAUCCUGGAAGGCUUUGGAAAGUGUUUCAUGUCAUGUUCUGGAAAUGAUGGACAGCUUCCAGAGGGACUUCUUGGAAUAUAUUGAUUGAGGUGAUAUAAACCAAUGAUUGAAAAACAGGUCGUUAACAUUGAAACUCAAUCGGACCGAGAAAUUGAAGGAUACAAAAUGUGCUGCCUACUGGUUGGGACAUUUUAGGAAAAAUAAACCUGGCUAAGAAUUGACUUCCUCAGCAUUAGCAGUGACAGAGGAGCGAGGAGCGCCCCCUGGAGGAAGCUGUAAAGUUAACGUGACGUGACGACGUGCAGUGUUGGACAAUGGAACUGCAUCGUGACGGUUUGCAUAUCAGAGGUAUCGGCUGACGCUCAAUGGACACGUGACAAUUUCAUAUUGACAUUUUUCAUCAGGGAGUGUCCUGUUUGGAUCUAAUAACUCACUCGAACCCUCCACUAUCAAUUAUUGAAUGUGUUAUUGUGCCUGCAUCUACAGCAGAAGACUCAGAACUGGAGCUGAUACAUGUUCUUCAUCGGCGACAGACACCGGAGAACUCUCUUUCUGUUCUCAUUGUUUUUUUUUAUAUAUGAAGUCAAACUUUGGAAACCGAAUCUGACUUAUUGGAGGUUUUGAAACGAAAGUGAAAACAUUGAUGAUGUGGAAAGUUUUCUCUUGGGUCUGAAGGCGACAUGGUGGAACUACCAUGGGAAGGCAUUGUGAAAUAAAAUGGAGGAACUGGGCAGAAAUAUAUAUAUAUACUGACAGCUCAGUUAAGAUCUUAACCCCUAUAGCCUAUACUGGAGAUCUUUUCAGAUUUUUUUUGUAAUUUCUGCAUUAAAAGAUAAAGUUUUUUUUCUCUUUGAGAAGGAAUUAAUUCGAGGAACAUCGAUAGUCAAUAUUCACAGGUAGGCUAUUUUUCUAUGAAGCUCAAAUGCUGUCGUGCACAGAAUGUCGAUCUGCUGUGAUCCAGGUUUAUUAAUACAAAGAAUCUGGCAAACUGCUUUUUAAUCAAUCAGCUACUGAAAAGUCAAUAGAAAAACAUCUACAGGGACAUGGGACCAUGUUUCAAGGUUAAACUACUUAGCUGUUUGUUCAUUAGCCAUCAUUAGACAGCUGCUUAUUUUAGCAUUCAACCACUUCCUGGCUAGCAUCGCCGUCAAAGGGACUGGACUCAAGCUCUAAAUGCUGAAUUCUCCAUCCAGAAGAAAGAUCCAGAAUGCAACAAACUUCUGGACAUUACAUAGGAAUAUGUUCCAGUGAAAUUACUGACUUCUCCAGAAUAUUUCAGAGGUCUAGUGAAAAAGACACAACGACAGUUAACCUUACUUCCUGUUAAUUUUCCCACAGUCUUAAAUAAAUGUGUCCAUGAGGUGCUUCGAUAUUUCCGAAUAGAAACGGCCGUCAUGGGGAGGAAAUCUCUGAAUGCUAACGUUAGCUGUUGUCUAAUAAUGUCCCGUAUCCCUCCAGUUUGAAAAUCUGUAACAUUCCGUGUGUUUAUAUGAUUUAUCAACCUUGAUCACAGCAAUACAACAUGAUUCUGUAGACGAACGCUUCCCACCUUGAGCAUGACAUCACAGGUAAAAGUCCGCCGUGGGGAUAUGGUCUUUAUUUGUUUAAAUACAGAUUUAAUUUGGUCAACUUUCCUAAACAUAUUUGGCUUUUAAUAUCAGAAAUGAGCUGUCAGGAUAUAGUCAUGACUCAUGUUCGACAGGAAACAUCAUGGUGACUAGAGAUUAACUGAGAUAUAAUCUACUUUUAUUUUUUUAUUUUAGCCUGUGAUGUAACCUGGAAGUCAGAAUUUCUUUUAAUUAUUGCAAAUAAUUCGAACUCUAUCGCUACUAUUACUAUGCCAUUUUCUCUCUCUACUAUAUUGUUUCUUUUUAUCGUUCAGAAAAAAAGAGAAUCAUAUCCGGACAGAGGAAAUUAUAAGGUCCUAGUCUUCCGCUGUUGGAAAUUGUGAAUUUUAAAGCAGUCAUUUUUAUCGAUUUAGCCGUUUGACUGACGUCUCUGUUUCUACUUCAGAUUUUAUCGCCGUCAGUUCUUUAUUUUAAUCCGUUUCAUCACGCUGUCAGAUCACAGACGUGAUUCAAAUGAAUCAAACGUACACUUUUUCUACUGAAGCGGUUUUCAUUUCAAUUCUGGCAGAUGAACAAACGAAACCGGUUUCCUCCAUCAUCAUCAUAUCGAAAGCCUUUGACUGUUUUAUACUUUGAUGCGUUGCUCACAUACUUUUUUGUUGUUUGUUUGUUUCUCCUCAUCUCUGCUGUUGACGCCUGAACACCAAACUGAUGCCUUCGGAAAUGACACAGAGAAGCAUUGAAGGUCAUUAUUUUAGGGGUAAUACUGUAUCACUAAAGGAAAAUGUGUAUAAACGUGCGUUGUAAGACAGAUGAUACUGAUUUGAACACAUAUUUGUUGCAGCUUAAUAACUGUGAAAAGAUAUGAUUGGAUCUCUCUUCAGCAUUCACACAUGGAUACACACCCUCUUCUCCUCUUUCUUCUCUCCAUCGUGUCAUCUUUCUUUGUGUUCUCUUUCUUCCUCUGCCAGUCCAGGCUCUGUGUGUCGAUGCACAGUGUUGUGCUUUGUGGUGAGUCCACUGCAGACUCUGCUGCGUCUCACCGGAGCUCUUCUUCCUCUUUCAGUAGAUAUCGACAGGGCUCCUCUUUGUGUCUCUGAGUCAGUGCCACUUACUGUAUCUUCGUUUGAUCUAUACUCUCUCUCUCUGUACUUAUUCCUUUCUGUCUCUCCCCCUUUUAUCAUCAUCCUUUCUUCCACUUUCUUCCACCUUCUUCCCUCCUAAUUCACCUUCACUCUUUUCUGUCUUUUCAUCCUUUUUUUUGGUCAGAGUGCAGUUUGCUCUCCUGGUGAGUUCCAGUGUCCUUGGUAGACAGACAACACAUGGAGAGGUCAUUGCAGUCCUUCCUCUUUGCUGUUCACAUCUCACCCUGUGCAAUAUUCUUGUUUUAUUCAUAUCCUGCUUUAAAUCAUCGUUUAUGAUGAGGUUUGGUUUUCAUUUGGUUUCUAACCCGGUCGUAUGUUGUUUUUUUUCUACUUUAUAUCCCAAAAAAUUCUUCACGUUUUUACCUCUUAUUCACCUUUUAAUUUGAAAACCGUAUUAUCAGCACACCACAGACAGUCACAGCUAUUGCUUUGAUUUGAUUUUAAAGCGUUAAUGUGGCAGCUAUUCAAGUUCUGAGAGUUUGAUAUCUUGACAGAAAAAAAACAAGAAAAAAUGGAAUCUAUAUUCGAGCAGCAGCUUGGACUGACGUGAAACUCGCUGGAGUAUAAGAAAAUAUUUGCUUCUUCAAUUUUCAAAUUAAAAGCCAGUUUGGCUAAUCAGAAUCAGUGGAGCGUAAUGAAGUGCUCCACAGAUCAGUGACACAUUUGAAAACAGACAGGUUCUAAAACACGUUAAAAAAAUAUAGGAAAAACUUUCAAACUAAAGACAUUCUGUUGAUAUUUGUGAUAUGAUAAUAACAACGAGAAAAUGUUUGUGAAGAAGAAACAUCCAUCGUUUGCCUUAAAACUUAUUUGUGUGCAGUGCUGAUAGUUCAAACUACAAAUUACACUAUUCUGAAAUCAGAUUUUUAACACCGGUGGUUUUGAUUCACUCACUUUUGGACAUUAGGUCAGUUGAGGGUGAAUGAACAAUUGUGAAAAAUCAUGUUGAAUUUUCUCUACUGGUGGCCAUAACAUACACCUUAAGUUUCUAAAAUAGAAAUAUGUUUGAUGCUUCCCAUCUCCCAACACCCAAAUACCCACUUCUUUCAAUCCUCCCACCUGAUCACACAGACCGAGUUGUAUAAAAUGGCUGAAGUGUCCCGAGCUUCAUCGAGGCUCCUCAGAUAAAUUACUGGAAAAACCUUUAUGAGGUCAGUUAAACAAAGAGAGUACGAGCUGAGAAAGUGAAGGAGUUAUGGAGACAGACGUGGCCACAGGGUGUAUAAACAGUGACAUGGAUAUUUAGAUGUAAGCGACAGAAACCUGAGCAAAACUCAUGUUUGAAAAGUUUCCUGUUACUCGAGAACAAAGGGGAGCACGAGGGGCGCUUGAUGUUUCCUGAUGGACGUUCGAUUUCUAAAGCCGUUCCACUCGUCGAGCACGCCUCAGGUGUUCAAGUCCUCGAAACGCUUCUUCAAACACUUCUUCUUUUUCUGCCGCAGAGAGCAGACGGAACUUUCAGGCCUUUGGGGCGUUUUUAAAGAUUUACCGUAUCUCUAGCUAUGGGUCUUUUUUGUACAUUGAAUGUUGAAAAUGUUAUAUCUUAUAUAGA